ACUACCCAGACUUGAAAGAUUCCGGCUGAGACCAAAGCGCUGCAGAUAACAGAACGCAGCUUACCCCUUUGCGCUCUUCGUGAUGUGCACUAAAGAGGAUAAGGUCAAGCUCUUGAGCAAGGACCAAAUCGAAGCUCCAUUUCCCGAUGUUGAUGUGGAAGACGAAAGUAACGGCGAAGAUUCCGGCCAUAUCUGUAGUUUCGUUUGCUAUGCCCUGGCGUACAUGGUGAUACUGGGUGUCUUUUUGUCUGCGGUCACUUUUCACAAUCCAAGCACCGACGAGCAAUCAUUUUCACGAGAUACAGGGUACAAAGCCCGUGUCAGACAAAUUAGGCCUGGAGAACGUUUUGAUGACAAAAUUUUGCACAACUUUAGGAUGAGAGAGGAACACCGGCAUGCAAAGAUGUUUCCUGUGUUUAAACCUCGGCCUUUGUCUGAAUCUCUGUAUGAUCCACCUCCAAGAUCUGAAAAGGCAAAAACAGCAAGGUACAUUGUGCACAACACUGACUGGGGAUCAAUAUCAACCAUUUCUGUAUCAAUGGUUGGAGUACCUUUUGGAAUGGCAGUUUCCUUUAGUGAUGGCACUGUCAGUAACAGUACAGGUGUACCAUACUUUUACGUGGCAAAAUAUGACCCUGUAGAGAAAAACAUUGAGGCCAACAAGCUUUCCAGCUUGGCGCUGUCAGAGGCUCAGAGUGAUUACUGCAACGCUCAUGACUGGGAUCCUGAAAGUCCUCUUUGCUCCAGAGUGACUCUUAUUGGAAAGCUUGUCCAUGUUGGUCCUGAGGAAGAAAAAUUUGCACAAGAUGCCCUCUUUUCGAGACAUCCUGUGAUGAAAACAUGGCCUAAGGGUCACGGCUGGCAGACACUAAAGCUUGUCAUCACAGAUGUGUGGCUUGUUGACAUUUUUGGGGGUGCUACUAUGGUGCCUGUGGAAGAUUAUUUUAAGGCUGAGUUGUAAAUCAACUCCAUCUCUAGAGCUGGAUUUCUAAAGCCAAAUGUCCAACAUUUGCUUUUGAUAAAAGUUGGUCUAUCAUUAUAUUACAGAAGAAUGAUUUAGGAAAUGGUACAGUGUUAGGAAUGCUUGCCCUUACCUGUGUGGCCCACUAAGCACUUAGUGUUUCUUGUGGGUUUAGCUUUUUUUUUUUUUUUUUUUUUGUCCAUUAUUAAUUUCACCAUGCCUUUUUGGCUUGCAAGCAGGCUCUAGGAACUGUUGGAGAGGUUUGCCAUAAAACAAAUGAUCUGUAGCUUAUGCUGUAGUUCUAAUGAAAACUUAGAUUAUUUUAUAAAAUUGAAACAUACAGCUCAAACCAUUGUUAAUGGGAAACAUGGGAUUGAUGCUUUUUUAGACACAAUGCAGCCCGGAAAUCAUACUUUCAAUUCAACUUAAUGAGUCCUAUGUUUAAUGUGCAACAGAUAAAAUAAAAUUUUAUAAAGUAGGCUGUCUCCAUGCAGGACAGAAAAGUUUAUCAUAGGGGAAAAAUGUUUGUAAUGAAAAUUUUCAAAGAAUGUUUCUAAAUUUCAAUAAAUUGUUACUUCUUGGUUCCAG